UCAUCAUCGUGCGUCGAUUUUGAUCAGAAUCAGCUUGACAUCUACGGGCAAAGUACACGGAUGUAGUAACCUCAGUAACUUCUGUUCGACAUUUGAAAGUCACAUUUUUAUCUGAAAACGUCAAGAACGAAUUUAUCGGUGUGACAGUCAUUUGUAUUCGUCACUGCGCGGCGUUUAAACCCAAACGAGCUGGAUUAACUCUGGGGAUGAAGGAAACCAAUGAAGUGAUGGAUGUGACAGUUCCCUGAGAAGAAAAUAUAACACUGGAGGCGGCCGUCUCCAAACCUCCCACCAUGACCAGCACCGCCCCUUCCAAAGGGGACUACCACUGGCUUCGCUCCUUUGUUGCUGGAGGUGUAGCAGGAUGCUGUGCCAAAACAACCAUCGCUCCUCUGGACAGAGUCAAGAUUCUCCUUCAAGGCCAGAGCCCCCACUACAAACAUCUGGGAGUGUUUGCUACUCUCCUGAAUGUGCCAAAGAAAGAAGGCCUCCUUGGAUUGUACAAGGGUAACGGCGCAAUGAUGGUCAGGAUAUUUCCUUAUGGAGCGAUUCAGUUCAUGGCCUUUGACAAAUAUAAGAAGCUGCUGAAUACACGGGCUGGGAUCACUGGACAUAUCCACCGCCUUAUGGCAGGGUCAAUGGCAGGGAUGACUGCGGUGAUGUUCACUUACCCUCUGGAUGUAGUCCGAGCCAGGCUGGCCUUUCAAGUGACAGGAGAUCAUCGCUACUCUGGAAUAGUUAAUGUCUUCCAGUCCGUCUAUCGAACGGAAGGAGUCUCUGGCUUUUACAGAGGUCUCACUCCAACACUUAUUGGAAUGGCUCCUUAUGCAGGUCUUUCGUUCUUUACCUUCGGCACCCUGAAGAGCCUCGGUCUGAAACAUUUCCCCGAGGAGCUGGGGCGGCCCUCCUCAGACAACCCCGAUGUCCUCGUUCUGAAAAGCCACAUCAACCUGCUCUGUGGAGGGGUCGCCGGUGCCUUUGCUCAGACCGUCUCGUACCCGCUGGAUGUCACCAGGAGAAGAAUGCAGCUGGGAUCCGUUCUUCCUGAUUCGGAUAAGUGUGGCUCACCGAUCAAGACCAUGAAGUACGUCUACGAGACGUACGGCAUCAGGAGGGGGCUGUACAGAGGCCUCUCCCUGAACUACAUCCGCUGCGUCCCCUCUCAGGCUAUGGCCUUCACCACCUACGAGUUCAUGAAGCAGCUCCUCCACCUGAACUAGUCUGACCUCUGACCUCCGAUCAACAAGCCAGUUAACCUCAGUAACUAUCCAUAGACUUCUGCCUCGCUCGCUACGUCUUAAGCUUCUUCCUUAAAUUCAUUAAAACCACCAGAAGAAAAUUCUGAAAACAAUUUAUUUUUUAGAAUUUUUAAAACAAACAUUUUUUUUUAAUGCUUUUUAACAUGAUUUGUUUUCAAGCUUCCUGUGAACAAAGACUUUAAUAAACAAUUGUUUUGUUUAUUUUUAGUUUACUGAAAAGCAUUUUUUGGGGGGAAAAAUAUCAGUAAUAUUAGUUUUUACAAUGUAUUACUAAUAUUUUUUUGGGCUCAUCAGAUCUGAGGAAAAAAUGUCGCUGCUGCUGAAGGAUAUUUGGGCUUAAGUUUUCUGAAUGUUGGGAGAUUUAGAGCUUAUUGUGUCUACAUCUGUAAUACAAAAGCUUUUUUAAGUGUAAAAAAAUCCUAAUUUAUUCAUUCGGCGUUGGAUAAAACAAACCUAAAAUCUAACAGUACACAUACUGUAGAUGAUAUUUCUUUUUUUGUUUCAAUAGUGAGUGAAAAUCUUUUCUGGAAAAAUUAAAUUCUAUGGAUGUUGCCUGGAAAGAUCUGUCUUUUCCCUUGGGAACUCUGGUAUGUUUGCACUGAAGCUUCAUGGUCUUGAUUUAGAGGUUUGUUGCCACUGGGUGGCAGUAUUGCAAAAACAUAGUAUUUAUUGUCAGUGCUGUAAACACUAUUCAUGUUGGCUUCUAUAUUUUUUUUGCAUUUUUGUGUGGGAGAAUGUGUUCAUGAUUUUUUUGGCUUUCUCUUUAGGACCUUUGGGUCACCAGAUGCUACAAGCCUUUCAUUUGUAUUUAAAUCUUUGGCCUUAUUUUGCUUUCUCUAUCAUUCUGUACUGGAGUGUCACCACGGAAACAGCUGUAAAAAUGAAUGAAAACCUGAAUUAAAUACAACAAACUGACUUGUGUGAUAAAUAAAUAAAAUUGUUAUUCUU